AUGAAUGACAAGAUCCUUUCUCUUAUGAAAGAGACAGAGACACAUUAUCAGGAGCUUGAGGAAGACCGUUUGUGGUUAAAUUUCAUCGAAGGAGCAUCAAAUGUACCAGACGGUCUUUCUCAAACUCUUGGUGAGGGAGUGAUACAGCAGAUUUGUCAGAGUAUUGUGGUACCAAAUGUGAGGUUGAGGGAGGAGGACGAGGAACUCUUUGAAAUGAAUUAUGUUGAGUUCAUUCGGAGGGAUAUUGAGGGUAGUGAUCUUGAUACUAGGAGGAGAAUUGCGAGUGAGCUUCUUAAAGGGAUUGCGACCAAUUAUAAGCAACAGGUCACCGAGAUAGUUUCUGCACAGAUUCAGCAUUUGUUAACUUCGUUUGCUGCAAACCCAGUUACGAAUUGGAAGGAUAAGGACUGUGCCAUAUACUUAGUUGUCUCCCUUGCUACUAAGAAGGCUGGGGAUAGUUUGGUCUCGACAGAUUUUGUUGAUGUUCAGAGUUUUUUUGCUUCAGUUAUUGUGCCGGAGUUGAAGGGUCAGGAUGUGAAUGGGUUUCCGAUGCUUAAGGCAGGUGCACUGAAAUUCUUUACAAUGUUCAGGAAUCAAAUAUCAAAGGAUGUUAUAGUUCAGAUUUUCCAAGGUUUGGUUUGGUUCCUUGUUGCGGAAUCAAAUUUAGUUCAUUCUUAUGCUGCAAGUUGUAUUGAGAAACUGUUGCUGGUCAAGGAUGAGGGGGGAAGAUCUACGUAUACUGCACAUGACGUUGCUCCAUAUUUUUGUUGAGCUGAUGACCAACCUAUUUAAUGCCUUCAAAUUUCCAGAGUCCGAGGAGAAUCAAUAUAUAAUGAAGUGUAUCAUGCGGGUUCUUGGGGUAGCAGAAAUACACCUAUUGUGAUGCGUGUUAUUCUUGCAUCAAUCCGUGGGACUGUGAUGGAGCUUGGAAAUACACCUAUUGUGACUUCUAGGCUAGUGAUGCAACUCUUGGCUGGGUCCAAGUUCAUUGAAGUGGACAACAGUUUUUGCGAGGAUCGUGCCCUCUUAAAUGGGGCACAAAAGUUGUUAGGCAUCCUGAUUGCUGUUGGUCUUGCAGUUGGUCCUGCGAAGGUCUGGGUCACCAGGAGUCCAGCC